GAAGGAAAAAGCAAAGAAAGAUGUUCAAAAGUGCAGGCGGUGGCAAAACAGGAAUGUGUGGAUAAAUUAAUUAACAUCACUAAUCGGCAAAUGAAACAAAAGAUUACUGUAAGGAAGAAUGACUGUUUGAAAAUGGAGAAUGAAAACACGAUAGAAGAAAAAGACAAAAAGAUUUUUUCAUCUGGGGAGAGCUCAAAAUUAUUAAAAUGCCAGUGAAAGGGCAGCACCAGUCCCGCUGUGUCACCACAUUUCCUUCUCAACCUGGACUUGGGACAGAGACCAGUCCUGCAGACACCUCGGCAAGGAGGAGCCCUUGAUGAGGACGACGACGAGCCGCUUUUGGACAUACAGGAAAACUCUGUGCAACUCCCAUGUACACACUGCACAAAGGAAACAGCUUUAAGCAACCACCGGUGAAACGUGGAAGCCUUUUAAGAUCUCUGGAGCUGGCACAGGAAUGCUUUCUACCCCCCAUACAAAAGGCAUUUCAGUUUCAGGUCAGACUGUCUAGGUGGUAUUUCCAUGCAUUUCUGCAGAAUUAAAGAAGCUAACAGACAAAAAGCCCAGAUCAAGCCAUAUUAGUCAGGCCGAUUGGUUCUACCAAGUUAGAUCAAUAGUGAUUAUGAACAAACAGACCAAGUGACCAAAGACUGAGGCUGAGAAUACCACUUUUUGAGAUGUGGUUUCUUUUCACUGUACUACCCAUAGAACUGGAGCACUCUGAUAGAAGUAUCGGCAUUUGUAGACGCCUCAGAAGCAUCUGACCCGCUAGGCUACCCUGGGUAUGGCGGGUGAGGAAGCUACACGCAGGCAGGCUCCAAUGGCUGACUCGGCUCCCGCUGGCUCUGGAGAGGCACAGAAGAAUAAGGCAGGAUGGAUGUCUAUGACCCUCAGAUGCCGAAUGUCGUGCUCUUUGGAGGUCUGAUGGUGGUAUCAGCCAUCGGGAUCUUCCUGGUGUUCACCUUCAUGGAGAAGGUCCUCCGUCCUUCUGAGGAAGCCUUGGCCAAGCAAGGCAAAGGGCUUAAGAAGACUCAGCAGAAGGAAAAAGAGAAAAAGAAGAAAGAGGAAGCUGUUGAGAAAAAAGGAAAAGGAAAGAAAAAUCAAGAGAAACCUAAUGGACAGGUCCCAGAGGCGCACCAAAGUGCUCCAGUGGUCAGCUCUGUCACCAUAAAGAAAAGCAAUGUUCUUCCAGCCCAUGAGGAGCAGAAGCAUAAUGGACCUGUCAAGAAGGUGGCUGCAUCCAAGAAGAAGAGCGAGCCAGCACCUGCGGACUCGGAUGGGCCCCUCUACCUGCCCUACAAGACGCUCGUGUCCACGGUCAGCAGCACGGUGUUCGGCGAGGGGGAGGCCCAGCGGCUCAUCGAGAUCCUGACGGAGAAAGCGGGCAUCGUCCAGGACACCUGGCACGCGGCCAAGCAGAAGGGUGACCCUGUCACUGUCCUGAAACGCCAGCUGGAGGAGAAGGAGAAGCAGCUCGCCACCAAGCAGGAGGCUGCAGCCGCUGCCAGAAACAAGGUGGAGGAGCUGAGCCAGGAGCUGGCGGCCGAGCGGGCCAAGGCGACGGCCGUGGAGGGCAAGCUGAAGGAGCAGCUGCUGGCCCGCGAGCAGGAGAUGGCAGCGGUGCAGGCACGCGUGCAGGCCAGCUACCAGGACCAUGUCAGCGAAACGCAGCAGCUGCAGGGCAAGAUCCGCACCCUGCAGGAGCAGCUGGAGAAUGGCCCCGACACGCAGCUGGCUCGCCUGCAGCAGGAGAACUCCAUCCUGAGCGAUGCCUUCUGCCAGAUCAGAAGUCAGAUGGAGAGCAAGCAAAACGCUGAGGUGGCCAGGUUACAGGAGUGGUGCGGCAAGCUGAUGAACGAGCUGUCUGAGAAGUCAGAGGUGCUGCGGCAAGAGGAGCAGCUGAGGAAGAGCUGGGAGAUGAAAGUGGCGGCCUUGGAGAGGCAGAUGGAGCAGCUGCAGGUCAGGCAAGCACCUGCAAACCUGCUCCCCUCAGGGAGAUGGGGCGGGUGGCUGAAUUGUGUGGGAUCCGUGGGGUUGGCCAUGGGCAGAGCUCGGCGGGGAGAUGAACGUCUGCAUUUGGAAAGCGAGCUGCCUGGUGGACCUCUUCAUCGCCUCCUGCCCCCUGUCAGUUUGUCACAUGCAAUGAACUCUUCUUGCACAUCCCCGGCAAAGCCCAGGGGGCACGCUGCCCUGGUGGGAGCCGUUCUCGCUAGAGGUUGUACAAGUUUAAUAUUUUAACUGAAGGAACAAUGAGGUACUUACACGGCAGACAACAACUAAAUUCUUCUACUCUCCCCUUUCUGUAAUAGUUAGUUUCAGAGUAGCUGUCGCCGUAAUCUCUGAGAAAAUGUAGAAUCUUUCUUACCGAGAGAGUUGCCUGUGUCUGAACCGCGUCUUUUCCUGGAGAAAGAUUUUACAGAUGAAUCUGUCUGUCCUACAGAUUCAUUCACAGGCUCAGCUCCUGAAGUGAAUUGUCUCUCUUCUGUCUCCGCUGUCCUGGAUUCACUUUU